CUUUGCGGCCGUGCAUAAUGUCAAAUCAACACCCUAAUGGAUUUUCUGUCAGAGAUAUUAUUCUCAGAUAUGAAUCUGAGGAAGAAGAGUUCGUCCGAGAGUUGGAGCAAAUGAUGGAUCAGACAAAUGAAAAUGUGAAAGAAAGUGAACCCCCUUCUGAUGAUGGGCCACCAAUUCUUUCUGUCUUAUGCUCCCUCGUUGAUGAAAUUGGUUCUCUUCGAAAUGAGAAUCUUCGCUUGAAAACUCGUUUAGUCCCUGCUCCUCGUAACACAAAAAAUGUGGUUCAACGAAUGUCUGCAAUGUUAGAACAUCGUGGAUCCUCAAUCUUCCCGAAACUUCGGCGAGCCAAUCGAUCCUCAGAAUCAAUGGAAAUUAGAAAUGGAGCACGAGAACGACUAUCAACUCCACCAAGAAAAGAAACGAGUAAUUCAAUGAAUACAUCUUCAGAUGUUUCUUAUGGAAGAAAUAGAGCACCUCCGAUUGUUCGUCCCGAGCAGAGUGAUAGUGAAAUUGAUGAACAAAUAUUUGAUGAUGAUGAUCAUAGAAGUAGGGAUACAACAAGAAGAUGUGAUUCUGUUAAUGUUCCACGUCAUCAAAAUGAUAAUUCCACGUCAGCAUGCACAUCUCCAUCAUCGGCCUCUUCGUCCAGAGACCCUUCAGAGACAAUGACGACAAGUCGUUCCUCAUUCCUGGAUCUUCUUGGACUUCGCCGUCGUUCCACUCACAUACCUCAACCAACUUCUUAUUCCAAAACAACUGCUCUGAAACAAACGAAUAAAAAACGCCGUAGAAAGAUAUCUGGAAACGACAAUGACUCUGAGUCUUCUGGAAUGUAUGCAAAUAUGGAAGAUCAUUGUUCAAGAGUACCUAGCAAGCCUCCUCGGCCAGCCAGUUACUAUCGGAGAGAUGACAGUGAGGAUUCGGACUGUCUACGGCAAAUGAGGCAAAGGAAAACUGCGUCCUCAUUGAAUGUUAACAAUUAUGAGCAUAGACAUGAAGACAUGUACAGAGUGAGCCGGGAGACCCAAUGGCAACAUGAGAAAGAUAAUCUGAUGGCUGAAAUUGAAGAAAUGAAAAUGAGAAAUAAUCGACUUGUUGAACAAUUGAGAGAGAAAAGUCAGCAGCAAAGUAAACUUCAGUGCCAGCUGCACAAAGCUGAAAUGCAAGUGAAUGCUUUGAGCAGAAGAUGUGCACUUUCUGAAGCUCUUGAUAGAUUAACACUUGACGAGAGAAUGGAGAAAAGUGCGACAAGUUGGAUUAAAAAGAUUGAGGAACGACUUCGAAUCUUCGAAAAUCAAAUGCAAAAUGCGAAACUUGAAGCAGCCACUGCUCAUCAAAUGGCAUUAAAUUCAAGCUGUCAUGAGAAGGAUGCUCACCAGAAUUGUCUAGAAAAAUUGGAAAGUCUACAGAGAGAACACAUGAGAGUGAUACAUUCAAGUCUUGUGGAAAUUGGAGUUGAUGAAAUAAAUAUGAAGAGAAGAUUAGAAAAUCUGCCGACAUAUGAGGCAUUGUAUGCAUUUACGCAUUCUGUAGUGAGAAGAUUGAAUGAAGCAAGAUGGGCGGUCAUUGAGAAAACAAAUGAAACUAGCAGAGCACAGAUUGACUUAAUUGUCUCUCAAUCAUCCCAUUUGGUCAGUUUGGCACAGUUGGAACGUCUCAAAAUAAUGCAAACACUUCGAGGAAAACGACAGAAACGCCCAUCUUCAUUCCAUGGUCACAGUGUUUCAGAGAGAAAUAUCCGGCAAGAUCUUAGUUUCUAUCUCCCAUUGAAGCUUCAUGGAUCUCGAGUGGAAAAUUCUAGGAGGACCAUCAAGAAGAACGCGAUUGUUGGAAAUGAUAGAAAUAUUGAAGAAGAAUUUUUGAAAUUGUUUUCAUAUUCAAAAGAUUUUUCAAUGGAACUUGCGGCACCACCAGAGAGACGUGCAAAUACAAGAAUCGAGACAAUGAUGAGAGAAAUGAAUGGAAAUGGAAGACCAAUUAUACGAAGAGGUCCUUCUGGAGUUUCUAACUCUAAUAUAAUGAGAGAUCGGGUGACAAGAGAAGUUCCAAGUAAUCGAAGACCAAUAAGUUUGGUAGAGACAGAGGAAAGAAGAAUUCGAAGAAACGAGGAGACUAAAAGAAGUAUUAAAUUUAUGAAAACUAACAGUAUUGAUCAUGGAUAUAAUGCUUAUGAACCUCCGCCAGCUUCUAGAACAACGACUACAACAAUUGUUGCUUCAACUCAAGAUAUUUCAAAUAAUGUGCACAGUCCUCACGGGACACCAGUCUUCACACGAAGAAUAAUUAUUCCUGUCAAAGGAAAUGCAUAUGAUAUUGUACCAGAAGGCACCACUGCAAACAUAGUUCCAGCGAAUAUUCCACAGAUGGGAAGAGUUCGGAAGCUCGAAAGAGCAUUCUCGGCGGAAAGUCGGAAUACUGUAGAUUCUCUGCACGACAGAGAAGAACAACGAAGAGAGAGAAGAGAUCAUGUUGAAGGAGGAGUUGAGAGAAGGCAGAGCAAGAUUCAAAGAUCUCAACCAGUCUCACGGCUCAAGCAACCAUCGGUGCAAUUGUCGAAAUUUAGAACAAUUGAAAAUAACGGAGCAAACCGCGAGCCACCAUCUUCAUCAAUCUUGCGCCCACGAACCUUAGAACCUCAGACAUCAAUUCCACGAAUCACCACAUCACCACCAGAAUCGAGAAUUCCAACUCCAUCGAGUCGUCACGGUAAUGAGAAGCGUGGUUGGUUGGAACGACUCAAAGGAAUUGGAAAAUUGUAGUCAUGUUUGAUUGUCUUUUAUCAUUGUCGUCAAUCUCUUAUCAAACAAAUCAUCUAAAUUCGGACAAAGUUCUCCUUUUUCCUCUUAUCAAAUAAAUUUUCGACUUUUACAAAU